AUGAAUGAAGAACAAAAAAGAGAAGAGUUAGGCUCCGGCGAUAAAAGUAGCAGCAUAGAAGACGCAGAUUCUGAAGUUGGAGAAGAGCCUAAAGUGAACGCAAUUUAUGGGAAAUCUAUGAAUCUAUUUGGCAGAGAAAGCUUUAAAGUUGAAAUUUUUGACGAAGAUAUCCCUGAUAUUCUCCCAACAAUUUGGCGAAAAAAGAGCCAAAUUGCCACCUGCACGCAUUGCAAGCUGACAAUUGAGACGAAAACUAAAAAGGAAGCGGGAUUCGGCUGCUUGCUAUUUUUCUCAAGCUUUUUGGCGAUCGGAGGAUGUUGCUGAAUUCCUUGUAUUUUUCCGAGAAAUAAAAUGGUGGAGUCGGAAGUUUGUCUAUAAGGCACACUUCUUAUGGAGCAGGUUGGAUCUAUCCUGAUAAAGCUGAAAACAGGCCUCUGUCGUUUUUGAAAGUAAGCCUUCAAGUUUGGGAAUGCCUUGCCGGAGAGGAAGGCUUCCUGUCCCUGCCAGGAGGUCUAGACAGGUCUGCUUCUAAAAUAGUAUUAUUCUAUCGGACUAUCGGGCGCUCGAUAGAGGAUGUCUCUAACAUAGGGAGCUAAUCCUUAGGUUAGGUGGUUCUCACCAGGGCUGGAAUUUUGGUUGGCCUUACACCAUGAACUCUGGUGUAUACGCAGUCACAUUAGGCAACUAAACUAAUGUCAAGGUAGUCCGAAUAGUGGGGUUACUUAUGGCUGUAUAAUCUUGGUCUUAAUCUUGUAUUUUUCCGAUGUUCAGAGAUACGGUCCACUAUUGUCCAAAAUGCAAAAAUCGAUUGGGAUGCCGUAGUUUCUUAUAA